AUGAGUAUUACAGAUGUAUCAUUAAACUAUUUCCUUGUAUAUAAUCCUAAACUUGGUUUAAAGGAGGGUACAGAACAUGAAAAGAUCCUCUUCUUUCAUCCACAACAAAACUUUAAUAUAGGUAUACAAACUAAUAUUGUUGGUUUAACUGAAGCUUAUGUAUUAUGUACAAAACAAUUCUCACCAGAUAAACCAUGUGAAUAUAUACAUACAAUGAAACAUUCAAUAGCAUUAUUACAACCAGAACCUGAUAUAUGGAUGGUGAUAGCAUUGAAUAAUCCAUCGGGAUCGGCAGAUGGUGGAAAAACAGGCAAGAGAGAAUACUUGGAAGAUGAAAUAGAUGAUAUCCUACUACAAACCAUUCUACAACAAACCUAUGAUCUAUGGAGAAUGUUUAAUGGUCCGAUGCAAGAUAUCUCUAAAAAGAGAUCACUCGAUAUACUAAAGAAACGAUUGGAUACUUUUUAUCGUCCCUAUCUUCAAUUGAUCAAUUUCGAACAACUAGACAUCUUUACUACAUUGGAUGGUAUUCAAUUCCUUCCGACCGACAAGAACGUAUUCCUAAAGAUGUUGAGUAUGGUCAAUGGAUGUGAAAUUGCAUUUCAAUCGGCAUGUCCAUCAUUUAGAUUUGCUGCAUUGUUCUUUAAAGAUCAUCUCAUGUAUGGCAACCUUUCACAACAUCAAACAAGAACUCUUAAUCAUUAUUUAAUUCAUCUCAUCAAAGUUGGUACCGAUCGUUCCUCUACCAAUUCAAUUAUGGCUACAAAUGUUGAUGGUGAAUUUAUUUGGGGUACUAAAGGACAAAAAAAGAAUGGAUUCUUAAUUGAACCAACAAAUAGUCCUAUUUUACCAUUGGUUUAUAUCGGUGAUACUUGUAAUUAUAUGAUUAUUUAUGAACAUAAAGAUACAGUUUGUAUAUUCCUAGUCGAUCAAAACGAUCUAAAGAAUAUUAAAUUGGAUGACAUCAAAACCUCACUUUCAGCUCAAAUCGAUUAUGUUUUCCCUGUUUUAGAUCAAAGAUAUUCUCAAAAAUCAUUUAUGGAAGAACAAUACAAAUAUAUAUUUUUCAAUCAAAUGAAUCUUGCCAUUAAAGCAUCACUCAAAUUAAAGGGAGGAGUUGAAUUGACAAAGGAAACAUUAAAGAUAUUAAAUGAAAUGCAUACAGACUUUGAAAGUAAUCCAGAGAAUAUAACAGAGGCAACAGUUAAAACUCAAAAUGAUCGUUGGAUCGUUGGAAGAAAGACUGAUUCAAGAGAAUUUUAUGUCAUUUUUGAUACAAAGUCUACUAGUCUUUUGGAAAUUAAUGAGGAAAUGAAAAACAUUGCAUCAGUAAUGUUAAAGAAUCAUUUCUUGGAUUAA